GCUUGCGAAGAAGGACGAGGUUGCGGUUCUGACGUUCGAGAUCGCGACGACGACACGGAUGGGCCGGUACGUCCGGAUUACGCACGACGUCCGGAUCGUGGUCCUGAACUUCAAGACGUGGGCUGGCUCAAGGAGCCGAUGUGCCCUGAGCCUGAGGUCCAUAUAAUCCUCCCGCCCCUUGCGAAGCUGCGCGCCGUCGUGGAGCGUAUGCGCCCGCUCGCGGCGGACGUGAUCGGCAUCCGGGCUAACUUGUCGGGGUGCUUGCAGCUGUGCGCCCAGACCGACAACUCGCGCGUAGAUGUGGCAUGGAACGGGCUGUCUAAUCCCAGAAUGGAUCCGAGCACGCAGGAUCCGGAUACCUCGGACGCACGCGGCCCAACGACGCUGUACGGCGUUCUCGUGUCUCUCAGAAGCCUCCAGAACUUCCUGAGCAGUCACGUCGUGUCGACGACGACCAUUGCGUGCAUAUGCCAGAACCACUGCAUCAUACUGUACGUGUACAUCGACGAGAUGGCGGGGGCAGAUGGCAUCCUGACAUUCUACAUCCCGGCUAUUAUCGAGUGACCCCGCCACCUCCGCGCGUUUCUUUUCCUCCGUGUUUCGGAUCUUGAGUGAUCAUCCACUGUCUGUUUUUGUUGUUGGUGCUCGCCCCGUCGUGAUAUCCGCCUGCUGUAUCUAUAGCUUCCUCUCACUGCUGUGGGCGUGCUCGGGCGCCCGUUGUACUGGCCUCAUCCGUUGUCGCAUCUCAUCGACUGUCUAGGACUCGGCACGGGUUGCCAGUAUACUUGACUGUGCCA